AUGUCGCAGGUUUUGGAGCACGUCCAGGCAGCCUCUCUCUUUGUUGACCCCAUGCGUCACGUGCAGCCAGCAACUGUUAUCAGCUCUUCCCCGGGAACAACCCUCUGUUAUGUGCUGGGCCUCUGUCUUCUGAGUUUGUGCUGUGAAGCUUGCAAGAAAGUAAUUUUUCAUGUUCCUUCUGAACUAGAGGCUGACACGUUAGUUGGCAGAGUUGAUUUGAAAGAAUGCCUUCAGUCUGCAGAGAUUAUCAGUUCCAGUGAUGGAAACUUCAAAAUUCUAGAGGAUGGUUCUGUAUACACAACAUCUGCUGUUUCUUUGUCUGCUGAGAAAAAGACUUUUACCAUAUUACUUAAAGACAUUCAAGAACAUGUACAAAAGAAAAUACAUGUUAGCUUGGUGGAAGAAGAAAAAAAGAAGACCAGGCAUGCUAGAGAUACAGUUCUCAAGCGAACCAAAAGAAGGUGGGGCCCUAUUCCAUCUGUUAUGAUAGAGAACUCACUGGGACCUUUUCCACUACAAAUUCAGCAGGUCCAGUCAGACACAGCUCAGAACUACACCAUUUAUUAUUCUGCAAGUGGACCGGGAAUUGAUCAAGAUCCAAAGGGUUUGUUUUACAUAGAAAGAGAAACUGGAAAUAUCUUUGCUACUCGUGCAGUAGACCGUGAACAAUAUCCAAGCUUUCAGAUCAUUUGCUUUGCAACCACUCCAGAUGGUUAUUCACCAGAGGUACCACUUGUGCAUACAAUCAGGAUAGAGGAUGACAACGAUAAUGCUCCAUAUUUUACACAGGACCUUUUUGAGUUUUCUGUCCUUGAAAAUUCCAAACCUGGUGUACUUGUUGGAAAAAUGAUUGCAGAGGACAGAGAUGAGCCUUUCACUCUGCAUACUAAAUUGAAAUACCGCAUUGUGUCACAAGAUCCACCAGGACCCCCAGUAUUUUCUUUACAUGGUGACACAGGUGUCAUUACUGUAUCGUCACCGCAGCUGGAUAGAGAGAUGGUACCCAGUUACACUUUGUUAACUGAAGUGAGAGAUAUGGCAGGUCAGCCUUUUGGUUUGUGCAGUACAGGAACAGUUAUCAUUCACAUCAGAGAUACAAAUGACAACGCACCAUCCUUUAAACAGAUGCAAUAUGAAACGCGAGUGGAGGAAAACAGAGUGAAUGUAGAAAUACUGAGAAUUUCUGUUAUUGACCUUGAUGAACCUGGUUCACCUGGCUCAGGAGCAGUGUAUGAAAUUAUAAAAGGAAAUGAUGAUCGGUCCUUUGAAAUUACAACAGACAAAAACACAAAUGAAGGAAUACUGUGUGUUGUUAAGGGACUGGACUAUGAAAGCGCCAAGCAAAGGAUCCUUGUGAUUGCAGUCAACAACGAGGCACCCUACAUGCUAGCACCACAUUCACAACAACUUUCCCAGAGCACCAGCUCUGUUACAGUGCAUAUCCUGGAUGUGGAUGAGGGGCCAGUGUUUAAACCAUGUCACUUACGCAUAGAUGUUAAAGAAUGCGAGGACAUUGGGACGAUUAUUGGGAGAUACCUAGCAGAAGAUCCAGAAACUGGAAAUAGUGAAGGCAUAUGCUACCGGAUACCACCUGGCCAGUGUAAUUGGAUCAACAUAGAUGAAAAAUCAGGUGAAGUCAGAACCAUUAAAGUUUUGGACCGAGAUGUAGGAGAAAUGAGACGAGGUCAAUGCAAUAUCACAGUCCUCGCAAUAGACAGAAAUGGCAAAACAGGCACUGGAACAAUUCAGGUUGUCAUCCAGCCUGGGAACAAGAAUUACCCACGAAUCACUAAAACUGACUAUAUAAUGUGCAGAGACAGAAAACCGAUCUGCCUUACUGCAGAGGAUGGUGAUGAGUCUCCUUACAGCUCACCCUUCGUAUAUCGCAUAACUGACCGUAGCUUGGCUUCCUUGUGGAAGAUAACUCAACACAACGAUAAUUCUGUGUACCUUUCACCGAAGGGUGAUAUUCCAUUUGGAAUAUACAAUAUUCCUGUAAGUGUGAUUGAUAACGGAGGAAAGGCAGGAGAGAACCACAUAACAGUUAACUUCUGUGACUGUGUUACUCCAACCGAAUGUGGUAGCUCGGCCCGUGUUGGUCCUGCUGGAAAUGUUACUCUUGGUGUAUGGGCCAUCCUUGCAAUGAUCUUAGGAUCACUAUUAUUGCUGUUAAUCCUGAUCACAAUUUGUGGCUGCUGUGGCUCUGGGGUAAUGCACAGGCAUGUGACUGAUGAUUGUGCCAAUCACAACUUAAUCAUUUCAAAUACAGAAGCUCCAGGAGAAGAAGUGAUGGAUCACAAUAUAAUUCCUCUACAAAAUACAAGUGAUCAAGGAGGAUAUGGAAUAAAAACAGGAGAUCAACAAACAUUUGAAAUGGUAAAAGGAAGAGGGCAGACCUUGGAAUCAGUCAAGGGAGGCGGACAUCAGACUCUGGGAUCUGUCAAAGAAGGAGGAGGACAGGCCAUGAUGGAUACAUGUAGAUACUCCUACUCAGAAUGGCAUAAUUUCACACAUCCUCGUUUAGGUGAAAAGGUGCACCUAUGCAGACAGGAUGAAGAACAGAAGCAUUCUGAAGAUUAUCUCCUUUCAUAUAACUAUGAAGGAAAAGGAUCCUUGGCUGGCUCUGUAGGCUGCUGCAGUGAUCAGCAUGAAGAAGAGGCACUUGACUUCUUAGAUCAGCUGGAACCCAAGUUUAGGACAUUAGCAGAAACAUGUGUAAAAAGAUAA